AUGCGAGAAACCAUAAACCCCCCAAAUUUCGGCCCCCGCUCUCGUACCCAGGAAAAUGUCGAAUCUCCGCCGCCUCCUCCUACCUUUCUCACUCCCCCCGCCACUCCCAAACGCCUAACCCUAACCCUAAUCCGAUCACUCUGCUCCUCAUCUCCCUCGCGCCAUAUCAAACAAUCUCUUACCCCGUCAAGCCCAAGGACCCGCGAGCCCCAACAACCCACGCAGACCAGGAACCCAGACCCCGCGCCCCCUCCGCGAUCCGACCGGGUCCCUCCACCCUCGUUCCGGUCGUGGACCGCGCGAGACGCGAGGUUCGUGAAAGGAGCCCUCGUUUCGAUCUCGCCGGUGGCGUACCCGUCUAGGGUGGCGCCGCUGCCGGAGGAUCGACGGAAGGAGGAGGAGGCGGAGGGGGAUGAGGAGGUGAGGAGGGAGGGGAGGAGGAUUGAGAGAGGGGAGGGGAGGGUUAGGAGCUACUUUGGGUUGCAGGAGGAGGAGGAGAGAAUUCCUUUUCCCAGGAUUAUUAAGCAGGAGAAGAGGCCGCAGAAGGUGGUGAUGGAGCUUUCGGCGGCCAUUCGGGAAGUCAAGGCCAAUGCCAAGAGCAAGUUCACUGAGACAAUUGAAGCUCAUGUUAACUUGGGAGUGGAUCCACGUCGCAGUGACCAGAAUGUUCGUGGUUCUGUAAUGCUCCCUAAUGGCACAGGAAAGACCGUUAGGGUAGCUGUAUUUGCAGAAGGAGCGGCAGCAGAUGAAGCUAGAGAAGCAGGAGCUGAUAUAGUUGGAGGAGAUGCACUCAUUGAGGAAAUAAAGGGAGGGGGUAAACUUAACUUCGAUAAAUGCAUAUCAACUCCUAUGUUUAUGCCUCGCCUCUCCAAGCAUAUAGCUAAGAUUCUCGGUCCCCGUGGUUUGAUGCCAAACCCCAAACAAGGAUCUGUGACGAGUGAUGUUGCUCCGGCAGUCAAAGCCGCAAAAUGUGGCCGUCUUGAUUUUAAAAGUGAUAAAACUGCUAAUGUUCAUGUUGGACUUGGGAAGGUCGACUUCUCAGAGGAUGCUUUACGUGAAAAUAUUGGGGCAUUUGUGAAUGCACUUUUGGUUGCAAAGCCUGUGGGUCUUAAGAAAACUUCGAAAUAUGUUGGCUAUGUGAAAAACUUUACACUGACCAGCACGAUGGGUCCAGGAUUCCCCAUUACAAUACAGUCAUUAUCCAUAGCUGCGGAUAACUACACCAAACAGCAUGCGAAGUAAAUGAUUGUCUGUUCACAGUGGAGCAAGCGAACAGUUUUUAAGGAAAGUAAACCCUAAUCACUCUUGAAGCAUAAUUCAAAUGCCCCUGCUUCUUCCUAAUGCAGUAGACGACCCAAACUGAAGUUUCUUCCGGCAGAGCAUCUUCUAUUCGUACUGUUCGAUGUUAAUGGUGUUGUAGUGUAGCUCUUGCAUGAUAUUUUGCAAGAUGAUGGCUGUACUUAGUUGGAGUUAGCUUUUCGAAAGCACCAAAAUUCGAGGUGUAGACGCUAGUGUCUCUUAUAGGGAGGUUAUUAUUCUUUUUUGUCAUUGGCUGCUGAUCACUGAAACUCUUGCUGAUAAUCCAUCUAGCGCUAUGCGAAGUUCUUUGGUCUUCCUACGGUGUAGGUUUCAUCACAAGUGGCAAAAUUCGGGCACAUUUUUGUGUUAACAUGUAACCUGCUUUUGUGCCUUAUUUAUGUUUAGAUGAGUACGAGUUCAAUAAAACUAGUACAUACUGUUAUGGGUCAGUCUGAUUUGAUCUUUC